AUGACCAUGGUAUCUGCACUCUCAUCGAAGAGGUCCAACAAGGCCAAGAAGCAGGCUGAGCUUCUGCAACGCUUGCGAAGCUGUCGUCAUCAACUGCAGAAUCAGAAAUGUGCGGAUUGUGGGGAGGAGAAUCCAGCAUGGGCGUCCCUUCUGAAGACUCCUGCCAACCUUUCCGGAGGUUACGACAAGAAGAAACUGGGAGUUUUUUGCUGCUACAAAUGCUGCAGUUAUCAUUUUCAGUUGGGAAGGGACGUUUGCGAAGUCAAAAAUAUCAAGAGUGCGGAAGAUUGGACAGAAGAAGAAGUCAAGACAAUGGAAAUGAGCGGGAAUGAAAUCACCAAUGAUGUCUAUGAAGGACUACUCAACAGUGAGAAUGAAAGUGUCAGGCCCAAUCCUGAAGACCAUGGGGCUCAGGCACAGUUUGUGGAGGCCAAGUACAAGCAGCUGACAUUUUUCUGCAAGAAAACCUACACAACCCAAAGCUCAUGGUUAAGCACUGGCAGCAAAAAGAAGAAGAAGGACAAGAAAGACAAAAAAGACAAACACAACAACCAUAAGAUGGAAAAGGCAAAAUCCUUUCAAGACCUCAUGGGAUUGACCUCAGAAGCAAGGUUGCUAGGAGCCUUGGAACACACCAGUAGCAAACACAGUCGCAGUACUGAUGGGGCCCCGCACAGGACGUAUGCCAAUUGGAGCACCAACGAUUGGACUGACGAGACCCAGCAAGGCACAACGGAAGAACUUCCUUUUGCCAGUCCAAAAUCGACGUUUGAAUUCCCCAAUGACUUAUCGGGAUAUCAUGGAGAGGACUUGGGAUACGGAAACAACAAUAGCAACAGCAACACUCACGACGAUGAUUUGGGGUACGAAGUUCCCCAACAAUUGGGUCAGGGAAACAACGACAACAACAACACUGACGACAAAGACGUCGAUGAAUCUCUUGCCAAUGAAUUGGUUCGAAAACAAAUGGGUUACGGAGGUGGAAGUGCCGGUCGCAUUGUUCGUCGUGGAUCCAUGGGUCACCGUGAUGCGCGCGACCACGACCACGAACCCCAACAAAACAACUCCACGGGAUCAGGCUCCAAUCAUGAUGGGGGUGGUCGUCGUCGAGGAUCCAUGGGAAUGAGACGGGGGUCCCUUGGUGGGCAGCAGCAAGAUCCAGCCACGGGCAGACGUGGAUCGAUUGGUCAACGCCGAGGAUCGGUCGGGCAGCGACAAGAAUCCACAGGAUCAGUACAAGAACCCAUUCGUCGCCAAGAAUCUUCCGCGGGAGGAACAAGACGAGGUCAGCGGCGUGGAUCCAUUGGUCGACAAGAUUCUACAGCUGGAGGCCAAGGAGAAGGCACACGACGUCGUGGUUCCGUCGGUCAGCGACGAGGAUCCGUCGGGCAACGCCGGGGAUCCAUGGGUCGGGAAGAUUCCACAGGCGGGCAACAAGGCGACACUUCGGUGCGACGCGAAUCUAGUAAUGGAGGAACGACGAGACGUCGGGGGUCGAUUGGGCAAAGAGGAGAUUCCAGCAAUGGACUAGUACAGGGACAGCCUAUUGGACGACACGAAUCUGCUGGGUCAAGACGUCGUGGAUCUCUCGGUCAGAGGCGGGGAUCCAUUGGCCGAGAAGAUUCCACGGGACAAUCCCACGCGAACGGAGACGAUCAUGCCGAGAGACGUCGACCGGGCAGGAGAGGCUCCGUGGGAAGAAGCUCGACUUUGGAUUCGAAUGCAUCGGGGUCCUCCUCUGCUCAUGGAUCACAACAACAAACACGCGUUCGUCGUGGUUCCCUGGGCAGAGCGUGA